AUGUCUCUGAAAAAAUGGCGUACGAAUGGCGACAUCCGUAUUGAUUUGGCUUCAUUGAUAGACUUCAAUUUUGAUGACUUCAGAAAUCCUGAAAUAAUUCCAGCAUUACAUGAUAGUGAUAUAUUAAUAUGGUUAGAUAAAUAUAUUCAUGAGGAUGAUCAAGAUGAUAAACAUUCAAUCAAUCAACUUUGUCGCGUUACGAAUUUAAUUGUUAUUUUUAUAAAUGAAGAAGAAUGUUUGAAGUUUAUUAAAUCUAAAGCUACGAAAAAUAAAUUAUUUUUAAUUGUAUCCGGUUCAGUUGGUAAAUAUUUCGUUCCAAUUGUUAAUCAAUUAUCACAGAUCAAUUCAAUUUAUGUUUUUUGUGGAACCAAAAUUAGCCAUGAAUAUUGGGCAAAAAACUAUGAAAAAGUGAAAGGUGUUUUUAACAAUAUUAAAGAUCUUUGUGUAAAUCUUAAAUAUAAUAAAAUAAAAUUUGAACUGAAUUCAAUAACAAUCAAAAAUUUGAUAAAUUUUUCAUCAAAAAAAUCAUCAUUACCGUAUGAAUUCUAUGAAGUUAUUACUUUUAACAAUUCUAAAUGUGAUACUUAUCAACCGACAGAUGAUGUUCAAAUAUCAACUGCAUCAGCUGAUAUUCCAUUUAGUAACGAAGAAAACUGUUCGUCAAUAAAUGAAAUAGAAAUAGGAAUAAACAGUAGUGUAGAAUCUAGUCAAACUGUUGCUCCAUUUACUCAAUAUAAACAACAGAUGGCAUUUUCAGAUACCGGUAUUUGGCCGUGUUUAUCUGUUGUGGACAAUGGACGCAAUGGAGUUUUCAAUCAUCUUAAUUCGGUUGUAGGAACAGUCAAAUAUUCUGAUUCUAUAGAAAACUGUUUACAAUAUGUUUCUAAUAAUCGUGAAGAUCCACACUUAAUUGUUAUCUGUGAUCUAACAAAGAUUGAAUAUCUACCCAUAUUAAUUCGUUCGUAUGUACGAAACAUAUAUAUCUAUUGUCCGAAUAAAUCUCUAAAUGAAUAUUGUGCAUGGAGUGAAAGAUAUCCAAAUGUUGUUUCUGUAUUACAACAUAUUGAUAGUCUUACUCGUUUGAUUCUUUGGGACUUAUCUGCUUGUAUUGUGGAUAUUGGAAAUUAUUAUGAUAAUGAAAAUCAGAAAAAUUUGGCUCAAACUCGAUAUCGUUACGCGUAUCGUCUUCAUAUUAUUAUUCGAGAAGAUUUAAACAACCGACCACAAAUGUUUGGAGGCAACGAUCAAUAA